AUGCCGACCCCUGUGCCUGCUGUGGUGCCCGUGUCCAUGUGUGUGACUGUGGGGGUGGCCAUGGUGGUGGCUGUGGUGAUGGUGGCCAUGGCGAUGCUGCAGAUGGUGACCAUGUUGAUGGUGGUCGUGUUUCUUCCAUUGUCUCUCUUCGAAGGUGUUGAAUACUCCAUGCUGUGUCGUUACAGCCGAGGGCUUUAUGAGGCUGCUGACCGGUGGAUGUCGUCCUACUCUGAUGCUGAUAAUCAGUGUCAACCGGGGGACACCAUCUGUGAGAUCACAGUGUACAAACAGGAAGUCAUCAUCGUGCCCAUCCUGCUCCUUGCGAGCUUCCUGGUCACUCUGCUAAUCGUUCUCCUGAUGAGGUUCUGCCCUGGAAAGGGAAUCCGCGGACGACCCAGCGUAAUCGUAGCCCGACCACACAGUACCAGAAGGUUGAGCAGACACACACAGAGGCAAAGUGCCAGACAGAACCUACAGGGCAUUGAGGCUCCUCCUGAGCUGAACCCACUGGAGCAUGAGGUGUUACCGAUGAGCACUCCGACCCGGCGUGACGCCCCAGACACCUUUUCUGCAGUACCGGAGAUGCCCAGAGAGGGGCAGCAUGGCUCUUUCAACCUAGUCACUCCGCUGCCCCUGUCCUUCUUUGUCAAACCGAACGACUCUGUCACCCUCUACCGGGCAAGGAUGGACAACAGAGAUGUGAUUCUACGGACACUUAAAGAGACAGCUGAUGCCAGCGAGCGCCAGUCCUUCCUGGGCUUUGCCUCCUUCCUGUCUGAGCUGGGGACCCACUCCUUCCUGCCUUGUCUGAUAGGCGUGCUCUCCCUACGUACCCCCCACAUCACCGUGAUGGAGGAACUGGACCACAGGGACCUGCUGGGGUUCCUAUGGAGGUGUCGACAGGACACAGGUGGGGAGUCCCCAUGCGACAUCACAGAGAAGCGUAUCUUCACCAUGGGAGGACAAGUGGCUUCUGCUCUGGAAUACCUGCAUGGUCAGAGCUGUAUCCAUGGCAACGUUGGAGCUCGGAGCGUGUUGGUUGGCAGAGACCUGAUGGCUAAACUGUGGGGAUUGGGUCCAGCAUACCGCAGGAAAACACAAGCAGGAACUCCAGGAGAGCUGGAGAACACUGAGACGAGGAAGUGGCAGGCUCCAGAAGUAUUGGCCAGGAGACUUGUCAGUCAAAGCAGUGACGUCUGGUCUUUUGGUAUCCUGCUCCAUGAAAUGGUGACACUCGGUGACCCACCAUUCCCUAAAGUCAUGGCCGGUGAUCUUCUCCAAUACCUCCAGAGAGGAAAGACCCAGAAGAGACCAGCUAAUUGUUCUAACUCACUGUAUUCCAUAAUCAAGUCCUGUGGCCAGUUCGCUCCACACGAGCGCCCUGCAUUGGCUGAGGUGAUCCAGAAGCUUCAAUCAGGAGAGAAGAGUGCCAACAAUAGGCCAGUUCUUCGAGUGCCUGGGCCACUGGACAUUGAGAAGUACCUGCAUGAGGCGGGAUAUGGAGAGGCCCACAAUUACACUGUUCUCUGA